AUGGAACCAGGUGAAUAUGUACAUAUUGGUUUAUCAAAGUCAUUAAUUGAGUUAUUAUCAAGUGUUCAUAAUGUUCCUUCCGAAUUAAUACUUGAUAUAAGCACUGAUGGUGCUGUAGCUGAUAAUCACAGUACCAAGUCAUAUUGGCCUAUUCAGAUAAGAGUAAUUAAUGUGCCUAAUACACUUCCAAUCAUAAUCGGAUUGUAUCUGGGAAAGGAAAAACCUUCGGAUUCUAGUGAACUGUUCCAAUAUGUAGCUGAUGAAUUUAAAGUUAUAGAAGAAAAGGGCGGAAUAAAUUUCCAAAAUAAAUUGAUUUCAGUGAAAUUCAACUGUUUCAUUGGAGAUGCCCCGGCAAGAGCCUAUGUUUUAAAACAUGUUGGACAUACUUCAUACAAUGCUUGUUCAAAAUGUAAAAUAGUUGGGCAGUAUAGGUAUCGUCGUAUGUGUUUUUUAGGAGUUAAUCAUUGUCAACGAACUAAUGAAGAAUAUAAUGCACGUGGUGAUAAAAAACAUCAUAGAACGGGUGAAAGUCCAUUAUCACUUUUAAAAAUUAAUCCUGUAUCAAACGUUCCAUUUGAUUACAUGCAUUUAGUGCUGUUAGGCGUAAUGAAAAAAUUAUUCCAUGCAUGGAUAGAGGGAAAAUUUUCUGGUUUCCAAAAAUUAACUGCAGAACAGAUAGAAGAAUUGGACCGACGGUUGAAAUCUUUAGACGAAUGGUGUCCAUCCGAAUUUGCUCGUCGACCUGAUGCAGUAUCAUCUUUUGCAAAAUACAAAGCGACACAGUUUAGACAUUUUCUGUUAUAUGCAGGUCCCUGUGUUUUGUUAAAUAUAUUACCAGAUUAUGUAUACACGCAUUUUAUAUUAUUGCAUACUUCGAUACGAAUUCUGGCUACACCAUCACCAACUAAAGCUCAAUUAAUAUACGCAAAACAUGCAUUAAAUUUAUUUGUGAAUAAAGCUCCUGAAAUUUAUGGAAAAGAUUUUAUGAGCUUUAACAUUCAUGGAUUGGUACAUCUCGUCGAUGAUGUAAAACGAUUAGGACCUCUCGAUUCACAUUCAGCAUUCUGUUAUGAGAAUAAAAUGCCGGAAAUUCAUAAAAGUGUAAGAACUCAUUAUCGCCCACUUCAACAAUUUUUAAGGCGAACGCAAGAAAAAAAUAUGUACUAUAAAACAAGAAAUAUAAGAAGCAGUAAUUCAAUCUGUGCAUAUGCGCCGCAUACAAAAGGGCCACUUCCAUUAGGUUAUUUAGAAGAAUGUAUUCAGUACACGAAAAUAACAUCAGAAAAUUUUCUAUGGUCAACAGAGCGAAAAGACAGGAAUUGUUUACUGAAAGACAAUUCAGUUUGUCUAAUAGAAAAUAUCAUCCUUGUAAACGGCAUUUAUCACUUAAUUGUACGCAGAUACAAUAAGAUAGAAAAGAUGUACAAGUAUAAUAUUCCAUCACAACCAUGCACUGAUUUUUUCAAAUGCUCGGACCUGAUGCCUGAAUUAGUUUCAGUCCCUUUCUAUUCAGUGUUGCAAAAGUGCUAUCGGAUGCCAGCUGUUAAUUUUGGUCAGUUAAUUGAAGAAAAUAUCCAAUAUAUUGUACCAUUACUACAUGAAAACUAA